CGGGCGUUUUGUAGCCUAUUUAGUCAACAGUGAUGUUUACAUGUUUCCAGACUUUAGAGUAACAAAAAAAUGAUUUCUUUACGCGAAAUUACAGUUCUUGCCUUACUUUGUACUGUUAGCGCAUCUGUGCUGGUCAAUGUACACAAUGACGAUGCAGUAAAAGCCAAUGUUAACGAAGAAAAGGAGGACAGUUGCAAUUCGGACACAUGCAGUCGUAUUUGCCAUGCACUGGGCUUUGAUACUGGAACUUGUCAUGGCGAUGUUUGUGAAUGCACUCAGAGACUCACCAGAAACGAUAUUAAAACAUGGAUAAGAAAUAAAUUGAAGCAAUGCAGCCCUCUCGGAUGUGACCAAUCCUGCCGUCGCAUAGGAUUUCCAGGUGGCGCCUGCGUCAAUGGAAAUUGCAAAUGUGACAUUUUGAAGAGUAUUACCGAUAAUGAAGUUUUAGACGAAUCUAAGCAACUCAGUGACUGCAGCCCACGAGAAUGUGAUAGGUGGUGCAGACGGCAAGGAUACCAUGGCGGCGACUGCGAACAGGGAAGUUGUAAAUGCUACAGACGGAACUAUGUCGAAGACAACGAAGUCACAGACGAAUCUAAGCAACUCAGUUGCUGUAAUCCACGAGACUGUGACUGGUGGUGUAGACGGCAAGGAUUCCAUGGCGGCGACUGCGCACAGGGAAGAUGCAGAUGCUACAGACGGAACAAUAUCGACGGUACACAAUAUUAAUGCUACCGAAAAAGAAUAUUUUAUAACCGUUUCACUCAUUCAAUUCAAUUUCUUCAAUAUGAGAGAACUCCUUUGUGGAUUGGUAUAAUUUCUAAUUAACAUUCAAUCAUUUAUUGGACAAUAAGGGACUGUCUUAGAGUAUAGUUAUUAUGUUGUCAGUUUUUUAUUAGAAAAGAAAAAUAAGGAUAAGCACUAUACAUGCUUAUCAUUAUGUACGUGUUUUAUGUGAUCACUAUUUGUUCCCUGAAAGCUUUGUUAUCAGUUAACCGAUAACGUAGAACAUCUCAUUGGGUACGCAAACCAAUUGUUGCAACAACUGCUAGUAUCGUGGGUGUACAUUGUCGAAAAAUUUGUGUGAAAAUAUUUCACAGAUUUUUCUGGAGAUAAUGAUCAUGAUGUCAAUAUGUUUGAAUAACAAAGUUCUAUCGUGCAUAUACUAGAAGAAAAUAUUGCAAAUUAUAAAAAGUCCCCUACACACUUUCAGCUUUAACUGCACAGUUUUAACUAAACGUUUAAUUGAAAUGUUAAAAAUAGUGAGUAAUAUAGUUUUAGUUUUAAUAUUGAACAUGUGUAGGCUUAAGGAUAAAUGGCGCUUGAAAAUAUUGUUUUAUUUAA